AUUGAUUGUUUUACUUUGAUCAGUGCUAUUGGUUUAUCUUUUGCAUCUUCACUGUAUCUUAUCGUGGAAUUUUGCAACUAUUCCAUCUAUUCAACGAAAUCCUUUUAUUAGUAGCAGAAUCUCUGGUUCAACUGACUGUCGAAAACCAGCCAUAUGACGGAUGAUCAAGCUUAUAAAUCAAGCCGAUUUAAUUCAAUUGAUGUCGGAACGUGGUUCGUGAACAACGCACCGCUGCACGCAGCCUCUCGAUUGAGUGUCGAAAUGUAGCUAGUAAAAUUAGUGAAUAAUCAUAGCCGAUUGACUACCUUGUUAAUCUCAAUCACUUUAAUUAAUUUUAAUCAUUACAUUUUUUCUUUAUCGCAUUUGAAAACGUACGUUUCUCGAGGCAUUCCGUGUGAUUUGUUCUGGGAAAUCCGAUGAAAAAGUGAAAUUUUGUGGUGAUAUUGAAAGAUUUGUUGAGAAAAAAUAGAAAUGCAUACAAAAAGAAAGAAAAACAUUUGUGAUUCAUAUUUAAAUUGAACAAUUUUGAAUUGAAUGACAAAAUUUGUGACUUUUUUCGUGUGUGCAAUGCAAAUUUUCACUCUUUCUCUAAGUGCAACCGUCAAAAAUGCUCAUUGAUGGUCCGAGUAAUCGUUGUCACGUUUGAUCACAGCUAAUAAAUCAUAAUUCGUUGUUCAGUAAAAGCAAAUUUAUACAAAUGUGAAAUAAAUGAGAAAAAUCUCUGAAAUUAGCUUUGCGUAUCUUCAAAUGAAUAAUAAUAUUUGAUAAUGAAAAAAGUGUUCAUAUCGAGCAAGCUCUAUUGUUUGAGUAACAAGCAUGCGAUCCAAAUGGGCUGAUAUUUGAUUUAAUCGUCAGCGUAAAGUGUAAUUAAACUGUGAAUUGUGUGCACGUCAAGGUUUUUUAAUCUGCGUAAUGCACAAGUUUACGCUAGAUUAAAAGGUAAUCCAACAGUGAAAAUUCACACUGAAUGCAUCAGUUAUUUUCAGAUCGUUUGCAAAACUCUUUUCGCAACGUUUGUUUCGGAGAAUGAGCGGAGGAUUUAGGUCGAAUUACUUAUUGUUUUGUCAAAGUGUACGUGUGUGUGUGUUUUUGCCGCCGAAUGUGUGCAUUUGCAUCAUUGCGUCGAUUUGCAUUUGAAUGCUACGUACCUUAAGAAGUGUAUGCCGCCAAAAACGCGUUUAAAAUUCCAAUUUGUAGCACAAAACAUAAGUGCUGUUGUUUAGUUCUUUGUCACGUUCCAGCGAUUUGAGAUCAUUCCAUAAUUUGUUCAAGUGACUUUGUAUGCAAUCGAUCAUUUAAUGUGUGUUUUAAAACCCGUUUUUGUGCAUCUUCGCAUACUCGAUGUGAACACUUUUUUAAUCGAUUUGUUUUUCUGUAAAAAUUUCGCUUGAAAUGUAUGUAGAUCAAUGCGACGAAUGACCAUAAAUGGACAAAUUAUGCGAACUGCUUAGACGAGCUGGAGUGUGUGUGUGUGUGUGUGUGUGGCCAGUGGGUGGUUUGAUCAAUGUGAGUCAAGUUCAUCGAGAAAUUCACGUCUUGUGUGCGAAGUGGUUUCAAGUGCAAACGGAACCAGAAUAUUUUAAUCGCAGAUUAAACAUGGCAAUGUGUACAUAUGGUGUUUGGAGUUGAAAAGCAAACAAAGACGCACCCAGGAAACCAUAACUAUUUAUAAACAAUAAAACAAUAUGGGAAAUUCGUGCACAGCACCGAUGUCGUGCGGCAAAAGAUUGAAAAAUUGCUGUUCACGAUACUUUUGCUGUGAAUGUUGCCCAUGCAACUGCUGUAGCAAACCGAAAUAUGGACGAACGGCAGAUAACAAUGUUGUGACAUCAAGCCCAAUAUCGAUGGGUCUCGUUGUGGCUCCUACCGAUGAAACCGAUGAUCGUAAGUGCCUUUUUUGGCUGUCAAUGUCACAUCAAUUCAUUAAAACACAUCAUUUUCUAUUCAAACCAUUGUGAAUGUGCCAACAAACGUAUUGAAUUUUAUUUAUGCUAUUCAAAUGAAUGCCUUUGUUUUCAUUUUCAUUUUCAAUUUUGUUCUUUAACAAAUCAAAUUUACAAUUUAUCUUGUGCACCUGAGUAGGUGGCCAAUGAAGCCUUCAAAAAAUUCAUAUAUGAAUCACACAACAAAAUCAAAGUCACACGCUAAUUGCACGGUUACAUUGAAAUCAUAGUCAAACGGAUGAAAAUUUUAAUUGAAAUCAGUUGACAGAAAUGGUUUCGAAAUGAAUCAGCUAAAUUUAAGAUCAAAGCCUUUUGAUCCAAAGUACACUUUAACAUAGUUAUGCCAUUAGAAGCGUGAAUUAAUGUCUUUUCUGAUGAAAACAUACGCCAAAUCCAAUUGCUGAUUGAAUCCAAAUCAAAUCUGAUUCGUGUGCUCACUGCUCAAUCCAGAAACGCUCAUAAAUCACUUUUUUCCGAAGUGUAUUUCAAUGUCCGAAGUUUGUUCAAACGCACGAUUUCAAUUUCACAAAUCAUUUCCAAAAACUGAUUGAUUUUAUGGUAAUUGAUAUAUGUGGUUCGAUUAUCUUAAACAAUGUUGCGGAGCGUUUACGUCAUUCUUUCGAUAGAAAAAAAGAUCUGCAAGUUGAUUUUCCUUUCAUUGAGAGCUAUAAUAAUGCAUUGUUUACGCUGAUUUCGAUUCAUAAUGUGGGCACUACCGAUUUGAAUAAAUUUCGCUUACAUUAAUUGUCUAUCGAAGUGUGUGCAUGAGAUCUCUAUUAGACACAAUUUAUACGUUGUUUGAUCUCAUAAAAUUUAGUCUGUUUUUCAACGUCGACUCAAUCGGUUGCGAUUUUUAUUACUCGUUUGGAUAAACGUGUGAAUUUCUACACCAAACUGUCGUUUCAAGUGAAAAAAAAGAGAAAUCAUUUAUCAUUUUACUCUUUUGGCAUUUGUUUUUGAACAAAAAAAUUAAUUCCAAAAUUCGAAGAGCGUUGAAAUGACGGACCGUUUGCGAGAUUGGUGGAAUUCAACGAGAGUAUACGAUUAUGUACCAUGGCAUCGUAGGCGUCAACGUGUUAGACCGAAUGCUGGACGCUGGCCUUCGUUUUAUUCCAAUUCGACGGGAGCAUUGAGGGUGCAUUCGUUGGAUUUUUGUUUCGAGACCAAUGGGCCUGAUCAUCACACAGAUCGUUAUGAUGCAAUGCAUCGCAGUUCAACGCCUGGACUUACUUCUAAUUUAGUUGUGCGCCGUGGUCAGCCGUUUAGAUUAAUUGUCCAUUUCAAUCGACCAUUUGACUCGUUCAGAGAUUCCAUCAGCUUUAUUUUCACCCUUCGAGAUGAUGAUCGACCGAAUCACGGUCAUGGCACUUUGGUGGGAACUGCGUUGAAGCAUGAUUCAUAUGAUUUGGGAAGUGUCAACGAAUGGGGUUGCGUUAUCGAUGGAAAGCAUGGAAAUAUUCUGGAUAUUAUAGUGAAACCAGCUGCUAAUGCGAUCAUCGGCGAAUGGAAUUUCGAUAUUGAUACACAGCUGACACAAGGCGGUGGCGCAGCUUCGUUUAAAAGCCCAAAUACAUUUUUCUUACUUUUUAAUCCAUGGUGUCUGGAUGAUGCGGUUUACAUGGGAGAUAUUGCCCAGCGUGAAGAAUACGUUCUAUCAGACUCAACGCUAAUUUAUCGUGGAUCAUACAACAGAAUCCGGCCAACAAUAUGGCAAGUCGGUCAAUUCGAACGAAACAUACUCGAAUGCUCUUUGCUGCUCAUAUCAGCAGUUGGAAAGGUCGCACCACCGUUUCGCGGUGAUCCAGUGCGAAUCGCGAGAGCUCUUUCAGCCAUUGUGAAUUCACAGGAUGACGACGGUGCUGUAAUGGGGAAUUGGAGUGAAGAUUUUUCUGGCGGUACGGCUCCCACAAAGUGGGUCGGCUCAGUUGAGAUUCUUCAACAGUAUUAUAAGAAGCGAAGCCCUGUUAGAUAUGGUCAAUGUUGGAUUUUUGCUGGAACGUUGAAUACAAUUGCUCGAGCAAUUGGUAUUCCAUCUCGAAUCGUUACAACCUACUCGUGUGCACAUGAUACACAGGCUUCGUUGACCGUGGACUAUUUUGUAGAUGAAAAUGGCAAAAUUUUGGAAGAACUAAAUUCAGACUCGAUCUGGAAUUAUCACGUGUGGAAUGAGCUUUGGAUGGAACGUCCUGAUUUAAGCAAUAAUGCGUUGACUUACAAUGGAUGGCAAGCGGUUGAUUCAACACCCCAAGAAAUGUCGGAUGGCAUUUAUCGUUGUGGACCAGCUCCAGUGAAAGCGGUUAAAUACGGUGAAGUUCUUCGUCCAUAUGAUUGCAACUUUUUAUACGCCGAAGUGAACGCCGAUAAAUUAUUUUGGCUCUAUCGAGGCCCAUCUCAGCCGCUAAAAUUGAUGCGCAAAGAUACGCUAGCAAUUGGCCAAUUGAUUAGCACAAAAGCCGUUGGAAGGUUUGAUCGUGAAGAUAUUACCAGUACGUAUAAAUACCCCGAAAAAAGUCAAGACGAACGUGAUACAAUGCUCAAGGCAUUGAAACAAGCCAAUAGCGCUUUCUCGAGGUUCUAUUUGAACGAAGAAUUCAACGAUAUCCAUUUCACAUUUGAACUGCUGGACGACAUAAUAAUCGGUGAAACUUUCCUGGUGCUGUUGCAAAUAAAAAAUCGAUCAACGCGCGAUUAUUAUCGUGUUUCCGGUUCAUUGUUUGUCGAAACAGUUCUGUACACCGGCAAGAAUCGGGACCAUGUCAAAUCUAUUGACUUUGACCAAAAUAUUCCGCCGGAAUCGAUUGAAGUGAUCGAAAUGGAAGUGACAUUUUAUGAUUAUUUCAAAAAGCUACUGGAUCAAGCUGCGUUCAGUAUUUCAUGUAUAGCCAAAGUGCAUGAUACAGACUUCGAUUACUAUGCUGAAGAUGAUUUCCGAGUGCGUAAGCCAGAUGUCAAGAUUAAAUUGCAAGGCAUACCUGAGGUCGAUCAAGAAAUUGAUGUGAUUCUUCGAUUGGCCAAUCCAUUGCCAGCUCCAUUGAAAAAUUGCAUAUUCCAUGUGCAAGGCACUGGAUUGGAGCGACAAUUGCAGCUCAAUAUACCAGAUGUUCCAGUGGAUGGAAUUGCAUCGUCAACAUUCAAGUAUAUACCACCUUAUUCCGGUCGUGCAACAUUUGCAGCAAAGUUUUUCUCGAAGCAGCUCAACGAUUGCGAUGGUUUUAUUUCCUUUGAAGUGGCACCACGACCAGGCGACGUGUAUAUGAAUGGAAAUUAUCGGCCGAGAGAUUAUAUUGCGCGAACGAAUAUAGUUCCAUAGUCACUUAACGAGUCGAAUAGCCAAAAAAAACUAAGUUUACUUUUCUUUAUGAAAUAUGUGCACGUUACCUAAUCUUUCGGCCCGAUUCAACUCAUUAAUCCGUCUAAUGAAAAACAAAACUAAACCACGUUGUGUUGUAUUUAUUUGUUUUUUAUUUCAUAAAUUUUUUUUGUAUAAUAUUUUUUUAAAAAUAAAAAUCUAUUCAAUUUACAAAUUGAA